AUGUCAUCGAACUAUAUGAUAUUUCGAUAUGUUUUUUCUAUAAUAAACAUCUGUUUUUUUGCAUUGGGAUUAGCAAUAGUUAUAUUUAGUUGGAUGUUACAUUUAAAAUCAUCUGAUUAUGGUCCUCUAAUGGGAAAUGAGUGGUUUACUGCGCCUGUUGUAUUAAUUAUAUCAGCAAAAUGUUCUAUGGUACUUGGUCUUAUCGGAUGUAUUGGUGCUUGGUUUGAAAAAAAGCCGUUACUUUUUCUUUAUAUUAUAGCAAUGAUUAUAGUCUUUGCUGGGUUAUUAAUUGGUGUUGUAUUGGUUAUCGCUUUGAAUGAACAAAUGGUAAUAUCUGCUAGAAAGGAUUUAUUAGAUAGUAUACGACAAAAGCCACAAGAAGAAAAUAAUUUUCGUAAAAAAAUGGAUGCAAUUCAACGCAGACUUGAUUGUUGUGGUCUUGAUGAAUACCGUGAUUGGUUUAAUCCUGAUAUUCAGUCUGGAGAGGCUUAUGUUCCUGAUUCAUGUUGUAUUGAAGAAAAAUUUAAUUGUGGAAAACAAAUUAGCGUUAAUGAAACUUAUGGAAUAAUUAACACAGAUGGUUGUUUUAAUAUGAUUCAAGUCGAAAUUAAUCGAAAUUUAAUGAUUGUUGGUAUUCUCUCUUUUGUUCUUGUUUUUGUUGAAGGUUUUUGUAUUAUUGCUGCUCUUGGUCUACUCUGUUAUCUUCGUCAACGUGAUAGUUACAUAUGA